AUGCGGCUGCCCCUUGCUUCCAUCACUGCAUGUGCAUUUGAUGGUUUCAAAUUCGUCACCUUUCCAGCAGAGCUGGCCAACAGAUUCAGAAUGAAAACCAAAGUUGUCAGCGUUGGAGAAGUGCAAAUAACUUUUCCAGUUCUUACAAUUAAGUCUGUAGGGGUAAGUCCAGAAGUGCUGCAGGAAGCCAGCGUUCGGCUCAUUGGUCACCUCUGUAACAGCAGCUGGUGGCGCGCAGGGGCCAUCCACUCCUACAACCUGUGUGCCGGCUAUCCGCAGGGCGGCAUCGACACCUGCCAAGGUGACAGCAGCGGUCCUCUCAUGUGCAAAGACAACACCAACGACUACUGGUGGGUGAUCGGAGUAACCAGCUGGGGGAAAGGCUGCACGAGGCCACAGCAGCCGGGGGUCUACAUCGUCACUCAGCACUUUUACGACUGGAUCCUGAUGAUGCCAAGGCCAAUGCAAUCGGGCCCAACUAGGUCCUGCCAGAAGCUGGCUGAAUUUGUUAUGUGGGUGCAGGAGCUCCUGCAGGUCGUAAAGGGAAAAAAGCCUUGA